AUGAAUAAGAUAACAUUGAAAUUUAUAGAUAAAGCAAUUGAAUAGAAAUACUAACUUGAACAUUAAUAACCUAAAAGAAAAACUCAUCUAAAAAUACUAUUAAUAUUUUUUAUUAUGCUAUAGAUCAUCAAACUGAUUAUUGCAAUAAUAAUAAAUAAUUAUAAAGCAGUUUAUCCUACACUUGGAAUGAUGGGAUUUACAACUCUUUCAAAAUUCUUUAAUAUUGAUAAAGAAUAUCAUUAACGAGCAUUAAUCAUAUACAUAAAUAUAUGUUUUUCAAUUUAUGUGAUCUUCUUUGAUCCACAAUCAGAUCCACCAACUAUGUAUUUUAGAGGAGCCAAUUAAAUGGUCAUCAACAUUAUCAAUAUAAUAGGAAUAGAAUUUUUAGAUUCAACAAUUACAAUUAUUUUAUUGUACUCACUUAGAAUAUUUCAUCUCAUCUUAAAUACUUCAAGUAUUGAUAUUACUUCUAUUAUCUUUGGUUUUGGAGCUAAUAUAUCAUUAAUAGUUAUGGUUUAUUUUUAUCAUAAAGCCAUUAGAUCAUAAUUUCUCUUAUCUAAAAUUGAUUAAAGAUGGGAAAAUAUAUUAAAAUAAAUUAUUCAUAAUUAAUAAUUUAUCUUAAUCAAUUAUUAAGUAGAAAAAUUGUAAUUUUAAAGUGUAUCAUCUACUUUUUCAAAAACUAUUCAAUCAUAAGAAGAAGUCAUUAAAUUUUUAAGAGAAGCAAAAGUAGAUAAUGGUUCUUUAGAAUAAUAUAUAUUUCAUAAAUUAUAAGAUUUCUCUUAAUAAUAUAUAGAAAUUAUUAAUCAUUCAAUUAAUGUUAAGUUUGAUAAAUAAUUACUUUAGGUUUAUUUUUCUAUCUUUUUUGGAAAUCAACCAACCAUACUAAUUUAAUUAAAGCAAUCAUAAUUAUAAUUAAAAAACAAAGAUGUUCAAAAAGUAUGUUAAUUAUAUCUAAAAUUGUUAACUGUUUUUAUUAAAAUAAUUAAAGAAAAUAUACCUUUUGAUUAUAAUUAAUUCCAUAAUUUAGCUAAUAAAAUUUAAUUUUAAAAUAAAAUAACAUCAAUAUGGAAUUAAUAAAUGAUAUCAAAAACAAUUAGUCUAAAGAAAUCUAUAUUGAAAAUUUAAAAAUUUUGUAAUCCAAACACCAAAAUUUAACUAAUUAGUUCAGAUUUAAUCAUAUAUACAAUUCCAAAAAUAUUUCAUUUAUUAUUAGCUUGCAUAGUAGAUAGUUCAAUUAGUGAAUUAAUCAUUAUCAAAUAUGAGACUGUAGAAACUCAAUUGAAGCUAAUUAAAAUACAAGGAAAAUUUAAUAUUAGAAAAUUAAAUUCUUAUACUAUAAAAAUUAAGAAUUGUUUACUUCUCAUUUGCAAAGAAAUUAAUGUCUAAUAAUUUUGUAAAAUUUUAGUUAAAUAAUAUUAGGUAUUAAUAUUGAACUUAAUGAUGAAAUUCUUUAACCAUUUACUAAUAUUAUUAUGCCCUAAUUACAUUUUAAUUAUUCGAAGAAAAAGUUAACAUAAUGA